GCUCAGGGGAGAGCACAGCCCUGGGGCAGUACCUGACUCGAGACAGAAGCAGUACUCCAGGGGGCCCAGGGCCGAGGAUGUGUCACAGAAGAUGGCGAAGCUUGUCAGAACGGUACCCUCCUCCGGAGUGAUGGUGCAGCCUGCUCUCCAUCAACUCCGUGGCCCUGGACACUAGGAGGCUAAUCUCUGUGGACUGUGUCACCCACAUUCCUGUGCCGGCUGGCUUCUACUUGGGUCCAGCAAUGGGAGGCAUUGGCUGGGGAUCAGAAGGGUGAAAGGAUGACACCGCAGAAGGAUGCUUCUGGGGAAAUGAGCCGCCCUUCACCCUGACCCUGAGCAGACCUGCAGGAAAAAGCAGCUGGCUGGUGAGAUGCCCCUCCACAAUUGGUACCCUACCUUCUUCCCCACAGCAGUCUGUGCCAAGGGUAGUCGCACCAUAAGGCACAGAAUGGAGACAGACCCUAUCUGAUCCACCUGGCUCUCCUCUGGAGAUGGGUCACUGGACGGUUCUCGCACACUGGAAGGAGCUGUGAACACAAUGAGAACAGGCGUCAGACUUUGGGUACCCUGCGUCAUCGAACUGUACAAUGAAUGAAGAAAACAAAAACCCCAAGAGAAAUCCCCUCUGUUUAGCCAAUAGAACCAGGAAAAGAGACCCAAUCGGAUUCCCCAUUAGCUCAUGUUGUUGGUCUGCAGUAGAGAUGAAGUGGCCCAUUUAGGUCUUAGCUUAUCACGACUUAAGCAAAAGUAGGAUGCCGUACAAACACAUAAAAGCACAGCGACAUUCACGCAAGAAAACAUUCCCACAUCCAUGCGAACAUCUUUUUCACAUCAUUACCAACUCCUUGGACAGUGACCCAGGAGAGAUUCUACACAGAGCGAAGCCAUAAGGACCCAGCUCUUCAAGACUGUUCAUGUGGCCUCCAUAGUGAGAAAACCUGUGCAUGCCAUUUCUGCACUGGGAAAAGAAAAGUGGCCAGAAUGUGGUUCUUUCCCUCAAGGAGUUCACUGUCUAGGAAGGAAGACAGACACCUAAAAACUUGAAGUCGUGCCAAAAAUACCCUCACAGAGGUGUGGACAAGCCCUACAGGUGCAUAGAAGACUCAGCAGACCGUGCUGGGGUUGGAGGAAGUUGCCCUCACAGAGUCAAAGAGAGAGAGAGAACAUGAGCUUGGGACCGGGGGGGGAGAAGGAGAAUCGCAAGCAAGCUUCACGCUGUCAGCACAGAGUCAGAUGUGGGGCUGGAACUCAUGAACCAUGAGAUUCAUGACCUGAGCCGAAACCAAGAGUUGGAUGCCUAACCAACUGAGCCAUCCAAGCCUCCCAAAGCCACAAACAUGUGAACAGGUUUUACUUCUUCGCCUCAUGACUGCUUUGUGGAUGCAACACAUUCCAUGGAGAAAGUAGCCUCAGGAAAGGCUCUGCAUCGCUGCCGGAGGUGGCAUGGCCAACUUGUGCAAACGUGUGUGACUUGGGAGGAAGCCCGGGAGAUACCUGACCCAACUUGGGGCCGAAGCCCUGCCGGGCAGCACCUCCGUGGACCCCCUGCUGCCCUCUGGCUCCCUGCAUCUUCCUGUUUCCCUCUCAGCAACCCCAGCCUGCAGGCCCCAAGUGUGUGGACAUCCCCCCUCUCCCUCUCCUGAGUGCCCUUUUCCUCUGGCCCCUCCUUGCCUCCCCUGCUUCUCUCCUGCCACAGCCCCACCCCUCCAAUAAUCCGGAGACGUGUGGGAUAGAAUGCCGUGUGGUACCUCUGGGGCUGCCCCCUUUCCAGGAGCAUGCUGCCUGGCUUCUCUACUUGGCCAGCUCCCAGCCACCCUUAAGCUUCUGGCUCAGCAUCACCGUUUUCGGGAAGCGUAGACAUCGCCUCUCUUCAUCAUGCCCCUCGGCCUUGGAGGAUCUUCCUGUGUCACCUGGGAUGUCCCACUGCUCCCGUUGGAUGGGUGGCAUUCCAUAUUUGAGGAACAGCUGAACGAAUGAGUGAAUGAACAAACACAUGGGCUGAUUUGCAUUUUUAUCCUGCCAACCAUGGACUCCUCAGACACUUGUACCCUCUACCCUGGCCCGUCACGCAGCCAUUGCUGCCUCUGUCCACCUCGGUCAUAUACACAUGCCAUCUUAGCAACUCUCCUGCUCUAGCUCAGCACUCAGUAGAACUUUCCCUGGUGACGGAGAUGUUCUGUCUGCACAUACCAGUAUGGUAGCCACUAGCCACGUGUGUCUGUGGAACAUUCGAAAUGUGGUUAGGAUGAGCGAGGAAUUUAAUUUCAUUGUAAUUAAUUGAUAUUUAAAUUCACAGCCACGUGCUCCGAGUGGCUACUGUGCUGGACAGCGCAGCUAAGCUCCCACGUUAAUGCCUUCAUUGCACACGGUCUCUUGACCGAGAGAUCACUGUCCACAGUUUGAAGCCCAAAUUCUUACAUCCCCGCGCGAUCCAACCCCUGAACCACUUUCCGCUCCCAUCUUGGCAGUAGUGGAGACCAACUGUGAUUGCAAGUAUGGCCUCGGGAGCCAAGCAGCUUAGGUUCGAAGCUCAGCUCCGGGGUGCUGAAAAGAAAGGCAAGGAACUCUUCUGAGCACCACGACGGACAUGAUCGGAGUCCCGGCGAGAUGGGUAUUAUAAUUCCUAUUUUCAGGAUCAGGCCACUGAGGGUCUGAGAUUUAAGCAAGCGGCUCAGACACUCUGCUGGCUGACAGCAGGGAGCCCAACGCAAGGCUUGAACUCACAAACGGAGAUCGUGACCUGAGCCAAAGUCGGACACAACCGACCGAGCAACCUCGGUGCCCCUCUCUAGAAACCUUUUUUGGAGGCUUUUGCUGCCAUGGAAGAAGUCCAGCUAUCCUGCUGGAGCGAUCCCAUGGAGAGGGUCAAGGACAGACCCUGAGACCACAUGGAGAGGGGGAGAGGCCCAGACCCAGCCCUCCUAGCGUGUCAGUCAACUACCAGCAGACCUGCAACCACGUAAGGAACGCCAAGCGGCGAAAGCAGGAAAACUGCCCAGCAGAGCCCAAUCCCCCCACAGAACUGAGCCCAGAGAGAUAAUGACAGUGGUGGUUGUUGGAAGCCACUGAGGUUUGGAGCGGUUUGUGACACAGCAGGAGAUGAACAAAACUCUUGUGUAAGAUGAGCUCCUCCCGUCCACGUUCCCACUGCCCUGCUCUCUUACGCACUGGCCAGUUUUCAGUCCAUCUGAAGGCAGCAAAUGCAUUCUAAAAGUGGUCUGUGGAACACCCACUUUUGCGCUCAUAUCUACUUCUGUCCCUCAGCCAGCAACUUCAGAAAGUGGUAGUGGGGAGGAACUUACACUGCCUAGUGCGUGAGUCAAGUUCCUUCACGUCUCUGAGGCUGUAAAAAUAAGGCUGUUAAUGACUCCCUUGCAGGGAUGUGUGGGAAUUAAAUAACAUACUGCUAACCAGACACCUAGCAUGGCACUUGACACAUGUCAGGCACCCAGCGAAUGGUGUUUAUGAGAGGCUGGAGGACGCGGCUCCCGCUGGCGACAAGUCUCGUGUCCCGCUCUCCCCUUAUUAGCAAAGACCUAGAAAGCAGGGUUGAGGCUCCCAUGGGUCCAGAGCAGUGCCAGAGCUUCUUGGGAAAGAGCAACUGCUGCAUUUGUUAUCUCUGUUUACAAAAAGGAAGGAUGGAGGUUCAACAUGGAAGCUGUCCCGUGAACCACGGCAGGAAUCCCUAACCCCUUUGGGAAAUAUAUGACCUUUGGGACACAAAGACUCCGCCUCCCAACAGAAGAGAACAAGGCAGUGAAGAAGGCAGAGACUGAGUCUCAUUAAUCACCUCUAUAAUCCCAGAACUCGGCCUAAGUUCAGGGUAAGUUCAAAGAAGGCACAGAAUUAUUUUCCUACUUUGCUCGCUGCUGUGUUUGCAGCACACAGUAGAUGCUUAGUAAAUAUGUGCUGUGUGAAUAGGUGAAUGUGAGACUGCAUGAACGUCGUACUGCCUGGAGCCAACACUGCAGCUUAUCUAUCCCAAGCCAUCCCCUCCUUGCUCCUUGCUAAUGGAAUCCUGGGGUGAAUCUGGUGGCAACGUGCUGCCCGGCAGGACUCCCGAUGGAUUUAAGAAAAUCAGGGCACACCUGCUCCUCCUUGCCAGGAAUUGGUCUAGGGGUGGUCAUGUGACACCACUGAGCCUAUGAGACUAAGAGAAAAAUCUGUUCCAUAGCAUAAAGAGAGAGCUGUCAGAGGGAAAUGCCUCCUUUUCCCCACCUUGUGUCUCUGUUUUGGCACCUCGUUGUGGGGGGACACCAUUCCUAGAGUGAAGGCAAUCGCUCGUAAGCAAAACUGAGCAAGUCUAAGGAUGGGAAGCCAACCUCCUGAGGAUGGUACAGGGGUGCCUGGCCAGAGGGUCCUGAUGAACCUCCCAGCCACCCAGGACCCCCAGACGACUUGAUGUCUGAGAUAAAUGCACAUCUUUAGGGUUUCCAGAGAUAUUGUUAUUUCCAGCCAAAGCAUCUUCUAUUAACUCAUUGAACCUUCGUGACAUUAUCAUGGGCUGAAUCGUGUCUUCCCCUCCCCCCUCUCAAGAUGCCUAUGUUGGAGCCCCAGCACCUCAGACUGUAGCUGUGUUCACAGGUAGAGCCUGUUAGGGGUGACAACGUUAAAAUGAGCCCCUUAGGGUGGGCCCUGAUCUACCCUGACUGGUGUCCUCCUAGGAGGAAUUUUGGACACACAGCCAGGGAUGCAUGAGCCCAGACAGACAGCCACCUGAGGACACGGUGAGAAAAGACGGCCAUCAACACACCAGGCACAGAGGCCUCAGAAGAGACCAGUGCUGCUGACAGCUGGGUCCUGGACUUCCAGCCUCUAGAAUUGUAAGAAAACAAAUGUGUGCUCUUCAAGCCGUCCAGCGGGACUUUGUUAUGGCAGCCCUAGAAAAUUAAUACAGAUUAUCCAUUGUUACGAUCAGUUUAUUAUCCCCGUUAUCAAAAAAUCCUGACCUCGCCAUCUAAUUGCCCCCAGGGUACAGGGCUGAAUAAAGAAAGCUGGACUUAGCUCCUCGCUAUUAUAAUAACAAGGCAGUGAAAUCAACCCAUGACUGGCUCUCUCGGGUCCACCACCCAUGGACACAUCCACCCAUUGCUUCGUUCAACAAGAAUCUAGCAAACAUCCGUCGUGUGUCCGUGCUGUGUGGAAUUGUCACCAAGUGUGUACUUUGGAGUCAGGCUGCCUGGCUUGGCUUCCUAAUUGUCUCCUAGUCACUAUGUGACCUAAGGGAAAACUGGUUCUUUCCAGACUUUUUGCAACUCUAGAAUGAGGCUAAGAGUACCCAUCUCCUAGGAUUAUGUAAAGUCGGAGCAAGCCAGUGCACGUAGAGUGCUCGGCAAAGCACUUGACUCUGAGAACACAUUGGGUGGGUGGCAGCCAUUGCUUUGAUGGGUAUACGAAAUGGACAAAAGAGGAGGCACGGUCAUGUUUCUCCAUAAUUUGAACAUUGUCCUCCCCACAAACCCUGCGACCUAGGUAUUGCCAUCCCGUUUCAAAGAGUAAAGUGAGGUUCCGAGGGGACAGGUGACAAGUCACUGUUUUUAAAAAAAUUUUUUUCUAUGUUUAUUAUUUUCAGAGAGUGACAUUGUGAGCAGGGGAGGGGCAGAUAGAGAGGGAGACACAGAAUCUGAAGCAGGCUCCAGGCUGUCAGCACAGAGCUCUACUCGGGGCUCGAAUCCGCAAACCACGAGAUCAUGACCUGAGCCAAAGUCGGCCCCUUAACCGGCUGAGCCACCCAGGUGCCCCACAGCAGUCACAGGUUUUAAUCGCAGGACUGGGAUCCCGACAGGGUCUUCUGAUUGUUUUUUUUUUUUUCCUCCCUGCACCAGAGCAGCUGCCCCUGGAGGUGCAUUUUUUCCUGAGCCCAUAGUUUAUGCCAGAAACUCUCACUUAAUCCCCAUGAGGACACAGCUUUCACAGCCUAAGGAUAAUAACCCCGACAUGGAUACACAUGUUUAGACCAGACAGGAGAAUAAACUGGCAAGUUAUGGGGUUUAAUGGAAAAGGUGGGUCAAAGGGAACUGCCUCCUGAGUGAUUGGGGAAGAAAGGCUAAUAACUGGGAGCUGUUUGGGGCCAGGUGCUUUUGCUAGGCCCUUGAGUCCAAACACUUGGGGAUUUUGACAUCAUUGCACCCCCAUUUUACACUUAAGGAAAUGGAGGCUCAGAGAGGAUAAGUCAGACUCCUAGAAAAAGGAAGAGUCAAUCUCUUAACAAUUCAAAUAUGCCACCUCUUCUCCUGGACCAGGGCCCCUCAGCACCUGCCGAGAAUUAGAAUCAUCUGAGACAUUUGUAAGACGAGUGUGGGCUGGGCUUCCCACAGAGAUCCUGCAUCCGUGGGUGUGGAGGGAGGCCGGGUGCUGGACCCUCGGGAGCUCCCAGCCAGGGGUGGGCGCACAGCCAGACCGGGAGGCUGUCCCGACUGGACUCCGAGGUCCAGGAACGUGGUCUUAGCCCAGACCUGGCAAGAACUGUCCUCAGCAGCCGUGGGGAGGCAGGCACCACACCCUGCCUUCCUCUACCCCCGGGGGUGGGGGGGGGAAUAGCUGCUCCUUUCUGUAAGCAAUAGGAGUAGAGAGGAGUCCAUUAACUCGUCACUCAACAUUCUGGCCACUUGGGUAUGGAUUUUGGGCACCACGGCAAGAGGCACAAAUAGAGGGGAGCCCUGAAAUCACAUACGAGCAUCACUGAAAUCACAUUCGGGCAUCGUUUCUUCCUCCUGUUAGACCAAGAAGUCGAACUGACAUUUGUUUUUUUAACCAUUCCCCAUUGUUCUUGAGUAGCUUUUUUGGUUCCUUAUGUUUAUUGUUUUUGGUUCCUUAUGUUUAUUGUUCCAAAAAAGAAAUAUAAUAAAUUAAGUUGCUCUUGGCAUAUGAUUUUUUUUUUUCUAAGGAAGGGGAGGUUUAGGAUCUUUCUUCAAAACAAAGCAAAAAUCCUCUCUCUGCCAAAGACGUUCCCACCACGUGCAGCAGGAAUUCACAUGAUUGACAAGGGCUCAGCUCCCUUAAUCCCAGGUGUCCUGUGUCCUGAUAGUUUCCCUUGUUGUUCUGAUCGUAAAUCGUGUUCACCUCCUGGGUUGGGGUAUUUCAGGCUGCAUACCUAUGCUGAAUGCACCCACUCAAUUAUCCCGCCGAUUUAAACCCAGCGGAAAAAAAACUAGCUUUUCCUGUUUAGCCCAGAAGCGGAGCUGGAGAGGGAGCUGGAGAGACAGAGUAAGACGGUUAAAGACUAACCAGGACUCCCGGCUGGGGAAUUUGACCUUUGACCAAAGAUAAGUCAGGCCAGUACAGUGCGAAGAGACACCAGGCUCUUGUGGCAUCUGGAGGAAAAGAGAUGUAAGCGAAGGAAGCUGCAGGAAAGCAGAAAGGAGAGAGAAGGAGGAGCCGAGCAGUUGCCUGGAACACAUCGGAGUGUCUGCUCACCGUCCACGUCGCCACCGCCCGGCGCCCCAUGCGAUGGAUGUCAUAUUUGGCAGAAAUAAGAAGGAGCAGCUGGAACCUGUGAGGGCCCAAGUGACAGGCAGGAUUCCAUCAUGGCUGCAGGGCACUCUGCUUCGCAAUGGGCCCGGAAUGCACACAGUGGGGGAGACCAGAUACAACCACUGGUUUGAUGGCCUGGCUUUGCUCCACAGUUUCACGAUUAGAGACGGUGAAGUCUAUUACAGGAGCAAAUACCUGAGAAGUGAUACCUACAAUGCCAACACCAAGGCCAACAGGAUUGUGGUGUCAGAGUUUGGAACGAUGGCCCAUCCAGACCCCUGCAAAAACAUAUUUUCUAAAGCUUUUUCCUACUUGUCCCAUACCAUCCCUGAUUUCACAGACAACUGCCUGAUAAAUAUCAUGAAGUGUGGAGAAGACUUCUAUGCGACCACAGAGACCAAUUACAUCAGGAAAAUCAACCCACAGACUCUGGAAACCCUGGAGAAGGUAGAUUAUCGCAAUUACGUGGCGGUAAAUCUGGCAACAUCGCAUCCUCAUUAUGAUGCGGCUGGAAAUGUUCUUAAUAUGGGGACAUCCAUCAUGGACAAGGGCAAGACAAAAUAUGUGAUCUUUAAGAUCCCUGCCACAGUACCAGAGGACGCGAAGGGGAAGAACCCGUUGAAGCACACAGAGGUGUUCGGUUCCAUCACCUCCCGCUCGCUCCUCUCCCCGAGCUAUUACCACAGCUUCGGAGUCACCGAGAACUACAUCGUUUUCCUCGAGCAGCCUUUCAAGCUGGACAUCCUCAAGAUGUCAACUGCGUACAUCCGGGGAGUGAACUGGGCUUCCUGCCUGGCUUUCCACAGGGAGGACCAGACUUACAUUCACAUCGUCGACCAAAGGACUGGGAAGCCCCUGCCGACCAAGUUUUACACGGACCCCAUGGUGGUGUUUCAUCACGUCAACGCCUACGAAGAGGACGGCUGCCUUGUGUUUGACGUCAUCGCCUACGAGGACGGCAGCCUUUACCAGCUCUUCUACUUGGCCAACCUGAACCAGGACUUUGAGGAGAACUCCAGGCUCACCUCCAUUCCCACCCUCCGGAGGUUCGCCGUGCCCCUCGAUGUGGACAAGAAUGCAGAAGUGGGAUCAAAUGUAGUCAAACUGGCAUCCACAACGGCAAGAGCCCUGAAGGAAAAAGAUGACCGAGUCUACUGCCAGCCGGAGCUGCUUUAUGAAGGCUUAGAGCUGCCUCGGAUCAAUUAUGCUCACAACGGGAAGCCCUACCGCUAUGUCUUUGCGGCCGAAGUUCACUGGAGUCCCAUCCCAACCAAGAUCCUGAAAUACGACAUUCUCACAAAGUCAUCCUUAAAAUGGGGACAGGAGCACUGCUGGCCAGCAGAACCCCUGUUUGUCCCCAUGCCGGGUGCCAAGGACGAGGAUGAUGGAAUUAUCUUAUCAGCCAUCGUCUCUACCGAUCCCCAAAAGCUUCCUUUCCUGCUUGUUCUGGAUGCCAAAAGUUUCACAGAACUGGCUCGUGCGUCCAUUGACGCAGAGGUGCACCUGGAUCUCCACGGGUUAUUCAUCCCGGACGCAGACGGGGACACGAGGGAGCAGGCCCCUUCCCAGGAACAGCCGGACAGGGUUCCAGACUGCCAUGUGGCCCCAUGGACCUGAGUGGGUUGGGCCUGUGGGCUCGCUUCCUCUCUGGGUGAAGGGGGAUCCUUCAUUUCCUUUUGACCUUAUGCUUUCUGCGGUGGCUUUGAGACAAAGGUAUGGAAAUAGUGUCUUUUCUUUCAUCUUAUUUUGGCCCUAAAACCAUUGUUUGAAAGUGGAUCAAAUAUGUAUUGAUUAGCUUAAGCAUUUCCAAGAAAGCCCUUUUCCUUUCUUAUAAAACCAUGCCCAGAAAUUGUAUUAAGGCACAGAAUCAUCCUUCUUAGAAUGAGCAACCACUGAUGUACCAGAGAAGAGGCAGGUAACUAUUUGUCAUUGCUCCUUCCUCCUGCCCCUCGUCUCCCUCUUUCCAGUAGACUAGACUGUGCAUCUGGGAGAUCUAGAUUUCUCAACCGUGCGUCGUUAGUAAAAUCUGUGGCCAGGAAGGCAUAUUGCCUUGUGGUCAUUCCAUGCAAGGCAUGGCAUAACGUAAAAUAAUGAAAGUGUUAAAGUCUGUUCCAACCUUAUUUAAUUUUUACGUGGCUUCUUUUCUCUGAAGUUCUUCUAAGGCAAUAAAAUAGAGUGCAGUUCGUAGCCAGCCAGAUGCCCCAGUACAACAGAUUGGGACAGCAGAUUGGUGUGGCAGUCCCCUUGGCAGGAGAGGGUUAAGGAGCUGGAUGGUGAGCCAGCUAGCCAUGGCCAAGGGGCUAGAAUCCAGGACCAAGGCCCGGGCCAGGGCUGGCAUGAGGAGUUCUUGCCUAAUGCUGAGAACCAGGGCAGGGAGCCCUGCCAGUGUUUGUAGGGGAGAGAAGGCUCCCCAAGCUUAAUGUGCUGCCGGGAUAGACCAGGUGUUUGGGCAGAGAUGGAAGGAGGUUGGUAGUAGGGAUGAUGGAAGCUUGGAACACGCCAAGAAGGGUCCCACGUGAGUACUGGGAACCCAUGGACAUUUGAGUCUCACCUUUAUAGUCCAGUGGGUUUGUGGUAUGGAGACCCAAAGGCAGGCAAGAUAAUCCCCAAGGACCCAUGUCAUAGGGUCAGAGAAGCUGGGAUUCCACCCUUAUUCUGCACCUGCCUCCUCUCCUAAAUCUGGAUUUCACUCAGUCACCGGUAGAGAUUCAGUGACAUGUAUUGAGACAGGAAGGAAUGAAUCUCUGGUGACAUUGCAUGGAAUACCCCAGAGCGGGCAGAGCUCUGAAGGAUGGUCUGGACUUUUACCCUGCAAAAACACCAUGAAGCCAUACUUAGCUCCCACUGAAAUGCAGGGUCCAUCAGGUCUGGGGGUUGGGUUUUGUUUUGGGGGUGUUUUUUGGACAUUUUUAUUUAAAUAAUUGAAGAUUCAUGUACGCGUGUAAGAAAUAAUACAAAAGAGAUCCCUCGUGGACUUUACCCAUUUUUUCCAAUGGUAACAUUAUAGUAUAGUUAUCACAACCAGGAUAUGACAUUGAUCCAGUCCAUACAUCUUUUUCAGAUCCCCCCAGUUUUAUUUGUAUUCGUUGGUGUGCGUGCUUAGUUCUACGCAAUUUUAUCAUGCGUGUAGAUUCCUUAUUCCACCACCAUGAUCAAGAUACCAAAUGGCACAUCAACACAAGGAUUCCGUGGGGUGCUUUCUUAUCACUAUACCUACCUGUCUCCCACCAUGACCUUCCCCCAUCCGUAACCCAUGGCAACCACCAUUUCUAAAAUUUUAUCAUUUGAAAACUGCUAUAUCGAUGGAAUCACCAGUAUUAACUGUUGGGGAUUGACUCUUCUCCACAGAAUUGCUUCCAGAUUCAUCCACAUUGUUCUACGUUGGGUGUGUUUUGUUCACUACUGUAUCUUCGGCACCUAGAACACUACCUGGUGCCUCACAGGCUCUCAAUAAUAAAUAUUUGUUGAGUGAU